ACACCAUUUACUCGACUUCCUUGGACAACAACAACAUGACGGAUCAAAGAGACAGAAGUUGCUCCCUGGUUUCAUUUCCUUCCCUAAUUAUGGCCACCUCUCUCCACCGCCCCUCAUAUCCCAUACUAAUAUCUAAUUUGAUCAGGCGGACGGCUCACACACAAAGGGAGUGGCCGCCAUGUCAUAGGAGCCUUGCCUGGUGCACAUACAGUAAAGAAGUUAAUCUGAAGGAUGCUUAAGGUUAUCAAAGUUACGGCUCCAGUUUAUCGCCUAGAACUGGAAAUGCGUGGAAGCGGCGGCGGCGUCAUGGCCCGGUGCGCCCUGUGUCACCAGGUGUUCUCGUCCCGCCUGCGGCUGGUGGAGCACUUCGGGGAGGCUCACAGCAUCGCCAGGCAGAGGUCCAGGCGCUCUAAAGUGUCUGAGGCCAUUAGGAAGGUGGUACUGGAGGCACAUGACCCCGAGGUAGUCGUCCUGGACGAGGACGGAGAGGUCAAUUCCGGGCAGCACCAGUGUUGCGGCACGGAUGAGUCGCAACCUAAGAAGCAGCCGGUGGUAUGCCAGUACUGUGGGCAGCGCUGCAAGGACCGACGCGGAGCUGCCAUUCAUCAAGCCUUCUGCGAAAAGAAGCUGCAGAACGACUCUGACCCCUCCCCCACCCGCCUUGAAAACCCUGGCACGACAGGGGAGCGUGUGGCACUACCAGAGUGCCCCGCGGAUGACUGCGGGGCCAUAUUCAAGACCGAAGAACAGCUAGCGAGGCACAUGGAGAGGCACCAUGGGAAGGGGGGAGAUGGCGCCGCACCGACUGACCCUCCACCAGUCCUGAAAUCCCCGCCCUCUAGAGUGCCCAAGGAGGCUAGCCGGCGCCCAGCACAGUUGCCCCUUGUCACCGUCACCAUGAAGCCGCACGUGGGCAAGACGGAGGGACUGCAAGACCUCUCGCUUCUUAUAACCCCAACGAAAGCGGCUGAAGAAUCCCCCGAGUACCCCUCAUACGAUGCGGGUGGCUACUCGUCUCCGAAGAAGAACAAAGCGAAGGAGGCGCCGGCUAGCAUCACCGUGGAGGAGUGCCGGGGCCUCGACCCCACCUUGGGGAUCAAGUGCGAAUCCGUCCUCUACGUCACCGAGGACGGCACGGUGCUGGAGGAUGAGGAUGCGGAGGGAAGCAGUCCCCUCGACGUGGCGGGGGAGGAGGAGACUUUCAUUAUCGAAGCGGGUGACGGAGUGAAGGAAGAUAAGUGGUGGAAAUGUACUCUGUGCCAAAAAAAAUAUGUGACUGAGGACGCUCUUAUAGCCCACGAGUCCAGCGAGCACUCCCUGUCUGUGGGUGACGCCAUACAGGUAAAGCAGGAGCCAAUGGACGCUGACGAUGAUUACCCCACCCACGAGUACGAAGAGGAAGGGCAAGAUGACGAUGAUGAAGACUGGGAACUAGUUACUUUAGGAAGAAAGAAAAAGACUGGAAUAACUGUUAAUAUCAAGGGCAAGUUAGAAUAUCAAUGUAAUUUAUGUAAACGUCACUUCCUCUCCGAAUUAGGUUAUCAGGCUCACGUGAGGAGCAGAGAGUGUAAAAACAAAAAGUUCAAGUUACCCAGAAUGUUUUCAUGUCACUUUAAACAGUGCGAUUCGACUUUCUUCAAACUGACAGAGUUACAGAGACAUUGGCAGAUCGCUCACAAGUAUUCCAUGACUAGCAAAAACCUGGAAUUCGAAGAUGAGAGAUCUUUCACGGACUGGCUCAUCGAGGAGGAGGAGAAACACAAGGUGAGGUUUACAUGUGAUGUGCGGCGUCGCAAGCCCCACCGCUCGGAGAGGUUGCUCGUGUGCCACAGGUUCCACCACCUCCGGACGGCAGCCGCAAGGAAGAACGCCAACCGGGAGUACUCAGACAGACACAACUGGGUGCACAAGAUCCAGCCGUGCCUGUGCUUCGCCCGGCUCAAGGUGUACCAGCAGUUCAACGAGGAGACGUGCGGUUACACGGGCAAGAUAUCCGUCGUGUAUUACCCCGAACACUCACAUCCCCAAAACAACCCAGUGGAGGAGCAGGAAGAAGUCUUGGACCAUGUGUUACAACGCAAUAAACGCAACAGAAACAAACAGUUCCAGGAGCUGAAGGGCAGUGAAAAACUACUGCACCGCCAGAAGCUGGUAAAGUUUGCGCGUCUUGCCAGGAAGGACUGUCCAUUGGCCCGAGGCUCAAGGGCAGCAGAAUUAUCCAAAAAGCCGAAGACUGAGCCUGCGGACACUGAGAAGGGUGAUGACCCCAUGGUGCAAGUAGAUCAUAACCUGCUGGGGUCAGACGAGCUCUUCUCUUCCCAGGUGGAGAUGGUCCUCGACGGCCAGUUCGACAUGGACCCCGAGGAGCUGGCUGAACCCGUUGUCACGCCCAUGGACACCCUUCAGAUCUUUUCCAACAGUCGUGGAGGCCAGGGAGCCUUCAAGGUGGAAGAGGAUCUAGUUUUAGACAGCAGUGACGGCCAGGCACUUGAAGAGCAGCCUGGACAACAAGAAGAAGAGGAGGAGGAGGAAGAAGACGAAGGAGAUGAGGAAGGAGGGAGCACAGUGCAGGCAGUACUCCCGGCAACCACGGAGGACUGGGGAAAAGUGUUCGAGAUGGUGCGGGCGCGGGUGGCCAAAGAGGAGGACGCUGCUAUCAAGGCCGCGGCAGCACUUCUGCUGCCCUACGAAAGGGUGAUCGAGUUGGUGACGCCCGCCGAACAAGUCCCUAUUUUCCGCCAGCUCUGGGACCUGGCAUGUUCCUCGCAGCAGGCACAGGAGGGGCUGGACUUUGAAAUCAUGGUCAUGAGAUAAGUGAAAGUUGUCGCGCAUGGUAGAAGUUGGCUAAUCAACUUAUUGAAUGGAAUCAGUCGUGUUAGUAAGGAUUUUGACUGACGUGAUAAAUAUUUAUUUUGAUUAUUUAAAUUAUGACUAAAUAGCACCAGUAAUACUGAGUGUUACGACGUACUUAUAUGGAUUCAUAGUAUAAAAAACAAUCUAUAUACAAAAAUACAUUAUUUAAAACCAUAUAA